UACAAUUCCUAACGAUAACCUAAACCUCCUCGAUUAACAUAACAAUUUGAUAUUCUGAAACUUUAAACAGUAUUCAUUCACAAUAUGGCGAAGUCGAUUACGCGAACAGUUAUAAAAUGUGUUCGCGAACAGAGAAGUUUCUGAACUCUUUACCUUUCAUUCAGAAGUGCUGUUUCGGGAAAUCACUUCCACUGAGAACGGCCUUCGAGAUUUUGGCUAAAAUUGGUUUGUGUUGCCAUAUCCGCUUCUGAUUAUCAACAGUUUUAGAAUGAGCCUGGCCGUGGCAGCUACUUCAUAAGAAUAACUGUAAUCAAUCAAUCAAUCAAUUAUAAAAAUAAAGAUAUUAACAUGGCGUAAUAUUGAUUUAUCGCUAUCACUACAAAGAUGUCGGGCGCUAUGACCUUAAGUGCCUUAGAAAUAACAAAGGAAGCGAGCUUUGAUAACCUCAAAAAUGUAUCAGAAAUAAGAGAUCCAAAGGUUGCAUUCUUCAGUUUGUCUACUAUAAUUCCUGUGGGAAUUUCUGGAAUGUCAGUUAUUUACAUGUUCACCGGAUUCGUUCUGCUUUUUGCAGCUUUAACAGAUCAAGAAGGUUUAGUCCAAGUUUUCGUAUGGCUCAUCUUUCUGGCCAUUGUCAUUGGAUAUUUGCUGGUGUUCCUCAUCGGACUGGAGUGUAUGACGAUGAAGAAUUGUACCCUCGGAGGUCUGGAUUGGUUGUCCGCGUCAGCUGUUCUAACUAUAAUUUGUGUCUACCUGGCAGUCUGGUUCUACCUAAUAUGUGUGGCCAAUACUUUUGUUGUCAAUGGUGGGUAAGAUAUAUCACGGA